AUGACAACAGGUCAAGGCCGACCAGAGGGCAAUUGCGGUAUCGUUGGUUUCAGAAAUGCUAUGGACUCUCUGCAGCUGGAGAAGUUAUCCUUCUGGUUGUGCUCGUGUCUUAAGGCCCCACUCAGUCUGCGGGUAAUGCUGGUGCGAAUCAGAUUAUAA